AUGGAAUCAAAGAGUUCCAGCGACAACCCGACCAAUGUGUCCCAGGAGAAGGGCACUACCAUCACCGAGCACCCUGGCGAUGUCCAGGCCGGUGGUGGCUUCGCCUUCCAGGAGGAAAGCAAGUGGACCCGAAAUGGUCUCACUCUCGAGUCCUUCCAGCGCCGAAGGGACACCGGUGACCAUGAGCUUGAUCGUCGUAUGAAGCCUCGCCAUCUUCAGAUGAUUGCCAUCGGUGGUUCUAUCGGUGCUGGUUUCUUCGUCGGCUCAGGAAAGGCCCUUUACACUGGCGGUCCUGGUUCUGUUCUCAUCGACUUCAUCAUUAUCGGUGCUAUGAUCUUCAACGUUGUCUUCGCUCUCGGUGAACUUGCCGUCAUGUAUCCCGUGUCUGGUGGUUUCUAUAUCUACUCGUCUCGCUUUAUCGAUCCUUCUUGGGGUUUCGCCAUGGGUUGGAACUAUGUCGCACAAUGGGCUACCGUUUUACCACUCGAACUGACAAUCUGUGCUGUCUGUAUUGAAUAUUGGAAUGAUGAGCUCUCGCCCGGAAUCUUCAUUGCAAUCUUCCUUGUUGCCAUCAUUCUCAUCAACAUCUUUGGCGGUAUCGGAUACGCUGAGGAAGAGUUUUGGUCAUCUUGCCUCAAGCUCGGAGCUACUGUGGCUUUCAUGAUCAUCUCUCUCGUCCUUGUCUGCGGUGGCGGUCCUUCCCACGGUCGAUACAACGAGUACUGGGGCACACGCUACUGGAGAGAGGACCCCGGUGCUUUCAAGAACGGUUUCAAGGGAUUCUGCUCUGUCUUCGUCACUGCUGCCUUCUCUUUUGCCGGUACUGAGCUUGUUGGUCUUGCUGCUGCUGAGUCUGAGAACCCUACCAAGGCUCUCCCUGGCGCCAUCAAGCAGGUUUUCUGGCGUAUCACCCUGUUCUUCGUUCUUGGUCUCUUCUUCAUCGGCCUUCUUAUCAAGUCCACUGAUGACCGACUUAACAUUUCCGGCUACUCCAACGCCAAGGCCUCGCCUUUCGUGCUUGUUGGCGAGUACUCCGGCCUUACUGGUCUCGCUGACUUCAUGAAUGUCAUUAUCCUGGUCUCUGUUCUUUCUCUUGGUGUGUCUUGUGUUUACGGUGGCUCCCGUACCCUGACUGCCAUGGCUCAGAACGGAUAUGCUCCCAAGGUGUUCACCUACAUCGACCGUGGUGGCCGCCCCCUUGUUUCCGUCGCUGUCCACAUUCUCAUGGGUUUCAUCGCUUUCGUCAACCUUGAUCCCAAGGGUGGACAGAUCUUUGACUGGCUCCUGGCUCUUUCUGGUCUCUCGACCCUGUUCACCUGGGGUUCUAUCUGCCUUGCCCACAUUCGCUUCCGCAAGGCUUGGGCUCGACAAGGCCACACUCUGGAUGAGAUUCCUUUCAGGGCCGCUUUUGGUGUUGUCGGCUCCUGGAUCAGUCUCGGCCUCAUCUGUCUCGUCCUUAUUGCCCAGUUCUAUGUUGCUAUCACUGCUCCUCCUGGUGAAUCUGGUAUGGGAACUGUCGAGGGAUUCUUCAUCUCGUACCUCGCUUUGCCUGUUGUCCUUGCCUUCUGGGCUAUUGGCUAUCUCUGGAAGCGUGAGGGUUGGCUGUCAAUCGACAAGAUCGAUGUCGACACUGGCCGACGUGAGCACAACUGGGACGAGAUCAACGCUUACCGUGCCAAGGUUGCCACUUGGCCCGCUUGGCGACGCUUCCUCAACAAGAUCAUGUAA